GGAAGCUAUGGCUUGGGUGAGCUCAUGGGCGGACGAAUCCGAGGCGGCGGACGAGGCGGCCGCGGCGGCGGGGGGCGGAUCGGUGGCAGGGGCGAUGCCCGAGGACGCAUUUCCACCCCUGGCGGUGGCAGCCAAGCCCGGCGGCGCCGGCGGCGGCAAGAAGAAGAGCAAGGGUCAGACGAUGACGCUGGCGGCGUUCACGACUGGCAAGGUCGUCGGCCCAGGUGCGAAGCGAUUCACCCCUUCCUCUUCCCAGAUUUUCAUGUCGGAUAGCAAUCGCCUCACAUCCGAGGAGCUCAUGUUCCUUCCCACUGGCCCCAAGGAGCGAACUCCGGAGGAGCUCUCCGAGCAGCGCCUCGGCGGUGGAUUCCGGGGCUAUGGUGGCUUCCGUGGCGGCGAUCGCGAUCAGCGCGACCGGCAUCCUUCCAGGGAUCCGGGUUUUGGCGGCGCCGCCAUGCCGCCGCCUCCCUCCCGAGCCGAUGAGAGCAGCGACUGGUUCUCCAGCAAGCCAGCGAUGAUGAUCCGGCCUUCCUCGCGGGGCAGCGAUCGAGACGCGCCGAGCAAGGCUGAUGAGGUGGACGACUGGAAGGCGGGAAAGAGGUUUGUCCCGUCGGAGAGAAGCUUUGGCUAUGGCGGGAGAGAUGGUGGCGGCGGCGGUGGGAGGAACUCGUGGUCUUUUCGAGAUCCAAAGCCCGAGAUGGACAGAUGGUCCGGCGGAGGCGAUGAGAGAAAGGUGGCGAUGGAGAGACCGCGACUGAAUCUACAGCCGAGAAGUUUGCCGGUGGAUUCCUCCCGGCCUUUGAGCAGCCACUCGAGUCGUCCAGGAACACCGGGUGAUACUCCUCAAGUUCAAGUUGGCUCUGGUAAAAACUCGGCCACCACCACCACCACCACCACUGCCAAGCCGCGAUCGAAUCCUUUCGGAGCUGCCAAGCCGAGAGAGGUGGUGCUCGAGGAGAGAGGACAGGACUGGAGAAAGCUUGACUCGGAGCUCGAUCAAAAGAGGUACGAGAGCAAAGAAGAGACGAGGCUCAAGGAGGAGAUCAACGCUCUCAAGGAUCUGAUCGACAAGGAGGGCUCCGAGGCGGCGAGAGAGGAGCUGGAAAAGAAGGAGCUGGAGCUGGAGCAGCUGGUGAAAGAUUUUGAGAGAAGCGCGCGCGUCUCGGACCGGCGACGCAGCGGAGGCAGGGAUGAUCCGCAGAGGCCGCCAUCGUCGCAGAGCAAUCGAAACGGUGGUCCUCCGGAGAUCUGGAGGCGGCCGCCGACGCCAGCCAUGUCGGACGGUGGCAACUUCGAGCCGUCUGGAGGAUGGAGGCGGCCAAGAACACCGUCUUCCAUGCACGAAGGUGGAGAGAUGGGAGGAGGAUAUCGGCGAGGAGAGAAUGGCGGUAGGCCGAGAACUCCGGGGUUUCACGACGAGGAGUGGAGGCAGCCGAGCUGGAGAGACGAUCGUCCAAAGUCCGCGCAGCCCGAUAUGUGGAGCCGGCCGAGAACUCCGUCGGUUCACGAGGAUGAAUGGGGCAAGGAGAAUGGGAGGCGAUCGAGCUAUCAGUUCCAUCACCAGCAGCAGCCCUCGAGGAAUCGCUGGUAAGAUGGUGGCGAUCGAUCGAGCUCGAGAUUUCGCAGGCCUUUUUUUUGCUUUACUCGUUUCUUUAGCUUCUUCUCCAGGCUUGUAAGUAAUAUUAUCUGUGACACUCUUUUGUUUUCUUGUGCAAAGUAGAAUGUUCCGUCAGCGAAAGGGAAAUUUCGUUAAAAUAAUGUAAAGUGAGAAUGUUCUAUUA